AUGGGCACUAAAGGGUUAUGCUUGGUGGACAUCUUUAACACAUUACUGUCCCUGGCAUCUGUUCUUAUCUGUUUGAAGUCCACCUCUGUUGUUGCUACCCCCAAGUGCUCCACAGGCCGGAAUGACUACCGACCUUUAGCCUUUAUGUCUCUAGUUAGGAAGUGCUUUAAGAGGAUAAUCAUUAUCCACACCACCGUGGACCCACAUCAGUAUAUGCCUACUCGGGUAACUAAUACACUGCUGAUGCCAUUUCAUCUGUGGUACACACCAGAGGUGGGAUCAGGUCAUGUUUUACAAGUCACAGCCCUGUCAGAUGUUAUACUGGCUGGCACAGACUGCUUGGUGGCUGGAGACUCGUGCUCCAGUGAUGAGACUUGUAGUCCGCGCCUACGCACUCUGCGGCAGUGUGUGGCCGGCGACGGCAGCAUGAAGCUUGGCCCCAGUGCCAAAAGCCAAUGUGCCAACGCAGUGUCUGCCCUCCUGUCCAGUCCCUUACGUGGCUGCCAGUGCAAACGAGGAAUGAAGAAGGAAAAAAACUGUCUCAGCAUCUACUGGAGUCUUCAUCAGUCCAUCAUUCAUGGACUGAACCUCGUGGAGAGUUAUCCCUAUGAGACGGUGCACAGGGAUUAUGAUUAUGUCCGCUUGGCUUCGAUUACAGCAGACUCUGAAGUUGGCAUGACAACUGUGAAUCGCUGCCUGGAUGCAGCCAAGGCUUGCAACGUGGACGAAUUGUGCCAGAAGCUGCGCACUGAAUACGUCUCCACUUGCAUCAAACCUACUUCCAAAUCAGGCUUGUGCAACCGGCCUAAAUGCAACAAGGCCCUGCGCAAGUUCUUUGACCGAGUACCUGUCGACUACACACACGAACUGCUUUUCUGCCCUUGUACAGACACUGCAUGUGCAGAGCGUCGAAGGCAGACCAUUGUACCAAGCUGUUCCUAUGAAAAUGGGGAAAAACCCAAUUGCAUUAUACAGAUGAAGAAUUGUCAUGCAGACUAUGUAUGCAGGUCUCGUCUGGCACAGUUUAAGUUUGAUUGCGAACCAUCAGAAACAUCUGCCAAUGGCUGCAAGCAGGAGAACUAUGGAGCGUGUCUCAGCGCCUACACAGGGCUUAUAGGAAGUACAAUUACUCCCAACUAUGUCGACAACUCUACAUCCAACGUGGCUCCAUGGUGCUCCUGCUCAUCGUCUGGGGAGGCGAGGGAUGAAUGUGAUCACUUCCUGGGACUUUUCACAGACAACAGCUGUCUCCAAAAUUCUCUGAAGAUGUUUGGGAAAGAAUUGGAGCAGCAAACACUGCUCAGUACAACAAGCAACAACAGAGAAAACGAUCAAAGCAGCACUUCUCAGCCACAUUCCAUUGAAACUAUAAGGAACAUUCUGGAAAAAGUAAUACCUACACAGGCUCUGGGAAACAAACUCCUGGUUGGCCAUGGCACUCUUCCCUCCAACAGUCUCCCAAACUUGGCCCCAACUCCCAGCCAAAUGCUUCAGGGUGCCUUCAGCAUUCUGUUGUUGUUCCUCCAUUGCAUCUGCAGAUAUUAAAUAUUACCGGGAAACUUGCUAAGGACCCUUUAACAGAUGGAAGAACCAGAAGAAAAUUGACCUUUGCUAUUAUUCCUUUGCCUAAACAUGAACAGUUUUCUUUUUCAUUUCUGUAUCAAAACAGACUAAAUCCAAACAAGUGGGGAGCCUUCUGCAGUCUGGAGACAGUAUGUACAUUUGUACAAUAUGUGGUAAAACAAGCUGAAAUGCAAACACAGUUUUGGGACUAACCCAGCUUUAUUAUAAUACUACAUAUAACACAGAUAUGUGUGACACUGUACCAUUUGAUGAAUCAUAUACCUGUAAAGAUGUAUUCGUUUUUGAAAUAACAAAAGGGAUAUACUAUAUCUGAAGGACAUCAGUGAACUCUGUGUCUGCACUAUUCUGUGCUUCAACUGCCCUGGAAAUGCUGGAGAAGAUGGAGUUUACCACUCUCUAUUUGCAGAAUAUGGAACUUUUUUUCUUAAAGAUACUGCAAAAGAGGUAAACCAGAUUUUGUGUACACACACUGAACUAAAGUACACAUGUUAUAUCGAGAAUGAUUUAGAAAACAAGACUAAUUCUGAUUCCCAUCUCUGUCAACACAGCAGACUUUUGUUACAGGUCUUUACAUCAAGCCUGUUCUGUUUUGGUGAUAACACAUCUGUUCAUAGAACACAUAGGUCUUUGGUCUUUAUCUGUAAAAAUAUGUUGUGGGACUAAAAGGAAACAACCAGAACACAAUAAUUGUACCUGUAGCUGCUGUGCCUUGUGUUUGUGACUGUAACGCCCUUUUAUUUUAGUGAUCGUUCUCUGCUUUUUCUGCCAAAGAAUAAAGUGAACAGAUUUGACAUGUUCAGUUGUUACCAACACCAAGAUAAAGAAUCUUAGAGUUUUGGUAGUAAAUAUUGAUUCUGUGUUUCUUUUUUUGUUUUUUGUGUCCGGUUGAAAUUAUAUGAAAUAGAAGAAAAGAUAAAUGCUUAAUUUCUUUGUUGGAAAAUAGCAGAAGCAAGGUGAAGCCAACAGCAGAAACAUGUCGGGCAUGUUAUGAAUUGGCAACAAACAGAAAAGCUUAAUGCCUGUCCAGAAAAGAGCAGAAUUAAGCUAAUGUUGAAAAUAUAGGCGGAAAUGUAUUAAAUUAACAGAAUCAGAAAAUAAAUUAGCAAGACAAACAUGAAUCUCAUCUGGUU